AUGAAUAUUAGAUCACCAACUCUUCAAAAUCCAUCAUCGAUCAAUUCAAGUAAUGGUGGAAGACCACCCCAUCACAGUACUACACCACCUUUACAAUCAUCACUUGGUGGCCCAACAAUGCUCAGUGGUAAUGCACCAACCAACCCAAAUAGAUUAAUCCCUUCAUCUCUAAUGUCUGGGGGUGUAUCUUCAAUACCAUCUGGAGGAAUUGGAAGAGUAGGAGGAGGAGGAGGAGUAGUAGUAGGAGGAGGAGGAGGAGGAAUAGGAAUGAUGCCUUCUUCCUCUAACCCUUCAUCUUUUGCAAGUCAAGUUCAAAAAGGAUUACAUUAUGGAGUUGGUGGUGGUGGUGGACAACAACAACAAAAAGAUAAUAGUAACGAUGCCUAUGACCCAAAUGAUUUCCCAGCACUUUCGAGCAGUUCUUUAAUGAAAAAAAAUACUCCUUUACAGUCUUCCUCUCCUUCAUCUUAUCACCCUUCACCAAUCUCAAUGUCCUCCAAUACAUCAAUUGCAGUUGGUCCAACAUUGUCUCCGUCACCAAUUGCACCUUCAAAUACAAUCUCACCGUCCUCAUCAAUGUCACAACCAGGCAUGAUAUCCUCAAAUAUAUCUAAUGCACCCACUACAGCAGCUGCCAUUCUUCAAGCAGCGGCUUCAACAUCUUCUUCUUCUUCUUCUUCUUCUUCACCAAAUGCAACACUAAAUCAGCCAGAGGGUGCUAGCGAAAGUGAAAAAGGUAUUUAUUCAAUGCUAAAAUCAAAGGCAUCGAGUACUGGUGAUACGGUAUCAUCUACCGAGAAGCAACAACAAUCAAAUGUACAUAAAUAUGGCUUAUUGGGAUUAUUAAAUAUAAUCAAAACGACAGAUGUUGAUCUUAGUACCCUCUCGAUAGGAAUUGAUCUAACAUGUUUGGGAUUAAACUUGAAUUCUUCUGGAGAUUUGUAUAAUACAUUUGGUUCACCAUGGUAUGAUAUUCCAAUUAGUCGUAAACCUGAAUAUUAUUUGCCAUUGUGUUAUAGUACCCCUGGGCUUGACACCCCAUCGAAAAAAAUCUGUUUGUUCACUUAUGAAGCAUUGUUUUACAUAUUCUAUUCAAUGCCAAAGGAUAUAUUACAAAUACAAGCAGCAAUGGAGCUAUACGAUAGGGAUUGGAGAUAUCACAAAGAAGGCAGAGUUUGGUUGACCAAGGUACCCAACACUGAUUUUCAAACCACUCCACAAUACGAAGUUGGCAGUUAUUUUAUUUUUGAUGUCUCAAAUUGGGAGACUGUUCGUCGAGAUAAUUUUGUUUUACACCAUAACUUGUUGGAACCAAGAGAACAACAGCAACAGCAACAGCAACAGCAACAGCAACAGCAACAGCAACAGCAACAGCAACAGCAACAGCAACAGCAACAGCAACAACAACAACAACAACAACAACAACAACAACAGCAACAACCAUCACUAUCAACCUCCAACCCAUCACUACAAACUACUUCGUCGUCGCUCAAUUCACCAAUACCAAUGUCCUCAUCUGCGCCAUCAUCCUCUUCUAUAUUAUCUCCAAAUGCAGUUAUUGGUUCGUCAUUAAACAUUGUUGGCAGCAAUUAA